AUGAUCGCCAACGACCUGGAAACCGACCUCAACAGUCGACCAAAAUAUAAGCCGCCUCAACCUACGGCACCCGCAGGGCCACCCCAUCGAGAGGCGCCGCCGAGGUUCAACUACAACCAGCUUCCUCAUUGUCAUUACUGCCCGGCCAAGCAUUUUCAUCGCGACUGCCCAGAACUCGCAGAAGAAGAAACGGCAGGGAAACGGCGGUACUGGAGAGACUCGGACUCCACCCCACCAGCACGGAAAGUAGGAGUCCACUACACUAACGAUGAGGUGCAAGACCCGCAGCGCCAGCCUCGCAGGUCACCACCCCAACUACAAGCGAUAACCGUCACCGAACCGGCCAGCCAGUCAUUCCUUGGUCAUGCCACCGUGGAUCCUGCCAGCGUCACCAAGCCUCCUUCCAACAUCACCGAAGAACCCUUGCUCUUCUCGGCUGACGAAGACUCUCCACGCAACCGCGCCGGCACACCUUGCGCGUCAACCACCCAGCCGUCACUCAUGACCGUCUCACUCACAACAGAUCGAUCGCCUACCCGUCACGCCACCGUAGACCCUGCUAGCGUCGCUAAGUCUCCUUCCAAUGUCACCGAAGACCCCUUGCUCUUCCCGGCUGACAGAGACUCUCCACAGCACUCAGCAGCCGCGCCUCUACUGGCCCGUGAGAGGACAGCAUCACCAGCCGACGAUGAGCGCGUCAUCGACCACCAGCCUGGGGAGGAACAUGCAACUGUGACCCACACGCACCCUGCACCUACCGGGAUCGCUGUCAUGGACGGAGUUACCAACACUGCCCUCGCCGCAGUCGAUGACCAGGUCACCAACACUGCCCCAGCCGCAGUCAGCCACCAGGUCACCAUCACUGACCCAGCCGCUGUCAACCAGCCGGUCACCAACACUGCCCCAGCCGCAGUCAGCCACCAGGUCACCAACACUGCCCUGGCCGCAGUCACCGACAAGGUCACCAACACUGCUGCCCCAGUAGUCAACAACCACAUCACCAGCCCUCCGCCCAGCCAAGCACCGAACCUAGCCGUGAUCCAGAUAGACGGACAGACUCUACCCCGGAGUAGAUGA